AAGCGUCGCUUGGAGGAGCUAGCUAGCGAUUUUAUUUAUAUUUUUAGACUUAUUUUUUGUAAUUCGCUAUUUGUAAUUUGUAUUCGCGGUUUUUCGCAUUUCUUUUGCAACUUUGGUCUCUCCCUCUCUCUUUGUCUUUCUGCGUUUUGCUCUUCUUCUUCCCGUUCGGCGUGGCUGUUUCUUCUUCUUUCGCCUCUUCCAUUUGUUGUUGACGUCGCGUUGUUGUGCAUUUAAUUCUUCAUUGUGGUAUUUUUUUAGUCACUUUUUUUUACAUUUUUUUUGUAGUUGUCGUUUUAAAUGUGAUAUAAUUAGUUAAGUAUUUAUUUAUAAAACACGCGACGCCGAGAAAAGCAUGAAAGCCCGAUAAAGGGAAAUUGAGGAUUGCUAACCAAACAACAACUACAACGAUAGGCAAAAAAGAGAGCAACGAAAAGGAGCUGCAAAAACAACAAAGGCAAAGAGAAUCAACAAAUAACGGCAAAGCCCAAUGCGGAGGAGCGGCAGAAACGAUAAGAAAAAAAGUAAAGCAAAAGCUGAAACAGAAACAGAAACAACCAACAAACAACGGAAAAUGCCAAAUAUCAUUAAAGCGCCCAGAUAAAAUACACUUUGUUAACCCAUAUUCAAAAGUCUACUAAAUAAAUUGGAAAUAAAUGUUAAAGACAGACUAUCGGACGAUCUUCAAAGAAGAAAUAUUGCUGGGAAACUGAAACGAUCCUUAGAGAAAAAAAGCAGCGAAGCUUAAAAGGAUUUUCAACAGAAGUUAGAAAGGAAUCGAUGAAUUUAAGAUCUCUGAGCAACUAAAAAGUACAUCAGAAAUACGAAAAAAUCAAAGCAUCAUUACAAAGAAAAUACAAUUGAAUUUGCACCUAAUAAACAAACUAAUAACCAUCUUAUUCUUCAAUUGAAAUGUGUAUAUCAAAUCAAAGAACAAUUAAAGAUAAUAGUUAAAGCAAUCAACUUUUACAACAUAGGAAGUUAACUACGAUCGUAAAUCAACCACAACCUCCAGAGGCAUUGCAUCUUACAACAAACAGGCGAUCAAAACAAAAGCGAAAAGGCCACAACUGCUGGAACGCUCCCCGCAACAAAAGCUCUAAGAUCGGCCAAUCCAAGGCACUAUCCGGCUAUCCCUACAGGAUUCAUCCGCCGCUGGACCUGACGUCAGAUCCCGAAUCCGACAUGGUGUACUCCACAAACAUCCUGCUGGCGAUCGUGACGAUCCUGACGGGCGUGUUCAUCUGGUCGCGGCGCACCUACGUCUAUUGGCAGCGCCGGCGAGUGAAGUUCGUCCAGCCGACCCACCUGCUGGGCAACCUGAGCCGGGUGCUGCGACUGGAGGAGUCAUUUGCGCUGCAGUUGCGCCGCUUCUACUUCGACGAGCGGUUCCGCAACGAGCCCGUCGUGGGAAUCUAUCUAUUCCACCAGCCAGCCCUGCUCAUCCGCGAUCUCCAGCUGGUGCGCACCGUCCUGGUCGAGGAUUUCGUCAGCUUCUCCAACCGAUUCGCCAAGUGCGACGGGCGCAGCGACAAAAUGGGCGCCUUAUCGCUAUUUUUGGCCAAACAACCCGAGUGGCGCGAGAUCCGCACCCGUUUAGCACCCGCCUUCGCCGGCGCCAAGCUGAAACAGAUGUUCUCGCUGAUGGAGGAGAUCGGCUGCGACUUGGAUUGGUAUCUGAAGCGUCUGACUCGAGAUCUUAGACGCGGUGACGCGGAGCGAGGAGCGAUUGUGAGCAUCAAGGACGUGUGUGAUCUGUACAACACCGACAUGAUAGCCAGCAUUGCGUUCGGACUGAGAUCCUACAGCCUGAGGAACACGCAAUCGGAGAUCGGCUCACAUUGUCAGGACCUGUUUCGGCCGAAUGUGCGUCGAGUAAUCGACUUGUUUGUGAUCUUUUACCUGCCAAAACUGGUGCCGCUGCUGCGGCCAAAACUUUUCACGGAGCCGCAUGCGGAAUUCCUGCGCCGAGUCAUCCAGCUGGUGAUCGAGGAGCGGGAGCGUGGCGGCGAUCUUCGCAACGAUCUCAUCGAGAUGCUGCUGACGCUCAAGAAGGAGGCGGAUCUGCAGCAGGACAAGACGCACUUUACGCACCAUCGCGACUUUUUAGCCGCCCAGGCGGCAUCCUUUGAGGUAGCCGGCAUUGAGACCUGCUCGGCGAGCAUGUCCUUUGCCCUCUACGAGUUGGCCAAACAACCCCUGAUGCAGUCGCGCCUGCGCCGCGAAAUACGUGAGGCUUUCGCCGACAAUCCCAAUGGCAGGCUCACCUACGAGGCCGUCGCCCGCAUGGAGUUCCUCGACAUGGUCGUGGAGGAGACUCUGCGCAAGUACCCAAUCGUGCCGCUCUUGGAGCGCGAAUGCACGCCGAUCAACAAGAAGCGCUUCUACUCGCUGAGGCCACAUGCCGAGUGCUACGCCCGCCGUGGGAUGCCCGUGUUCAUAUCCAACCUGGCCAUUCAUCACGAUCCCAAGUACUGGCCGGACCCGGACCGUUUCGACCCGGAGCGCUUCAGUGCGGCGAACAAGGCGCUGCAGGCGCCCAUGUCCUACAUGCCCUUUGGGGCGGGACCGCACAAUUGCAUCGGAAUGCAAAUCGGACUGCUGCAGAUAAAGCUGGGCCUCGUUUACUUCUUGCACCGACACCGCGUCGAGAUUUGCGACCGCACCGUGGAGCGGAUUCAAUUCGACGCCAAGUUCGCGCUGCUGGCCAGUGAGCAACGCAUUUACCUCAAGGUCGACUGCUUAUAGCCGCCGAUCCCAUCCAAUAUCAGUAGCAUUACGCUAUGGGUUCGUGGCGGGCGGGAGCAGAGUCGCCAUCGUCAUUGUUUUUGUAAAUAUUUUGGCCUGCCUCAAAUAAACUGUGCUACGAUCUUUUUUUCUAAACAUUAA